AUGUCUACCUCGAGGCCGCCAGCAGCUAUGCAGGUAUCUCCGGGAAAAGGGCUGGGGUUCUUGACACUUGGAAGCUCACUGCAUAAUGUCCUUGGCCGGAUCAAAUCGCGGCCUCAGGCUUACCCCGCUAUCGACGUCGCCUAUUCCCCUACAGAACCGCUCAACGAACCCGUUAUAUUGAACUUGCCCAGUAACGGGCUGAGAUUACGUUUUGAUGGCCCGGAUCAACGGCUCCGGCUGAUAGAGAUUCUAAACUUUUCAAAGGUCCCCCUGAUAUAUAAAAGUCAAGACGUGGUCAAAGGCUCCAAGCCAUCCGAUCAGCCUUCUACAUCGACAGGGCCGAACUUCCGGCAUGUAUACAACCGACUUUUUGGUCCAUCCUAUCCCGGCGAAUAUCUUCCACCGGCGGGGGACUCACCUUACGGAACUUAUGUUUUGUCCUACCCUGGUGUGGCUUUCUCGUUCCCCUUGCAGGAUUCAGCGUGGUCCGAUAAUUGUGAUUUUGUCGCGCUUUUAUCAUCGUCUGCCGCUUCUCCUGCGACAUCGAUGGCCAUAUUUCAGGGCCCUUCGUGGACUGAAGUGCGCAAUAAUUUGUUUACAGCCCCACCGCAGUUUCCGCGGUCGCCAGCCUUGAUCGGAAAGGGUAGAGAAGCAGUCCCGGAUGAGGUCGAAGAAGUGAGAGUUCUCGGGGCUGGCAGAAUCGAGCUUGCCCGGAGGUCUAGUUCUUCUUUGCUGAUCACUCUUUCCGAAACUACUCCCCAAGAUCUGAUUGCUGAACUUGGACCCCCUGAUGCAAUAUACCGCAAAAACGACCGUCGAAUAUCAAUCCACGGAGCUGCUGGUCCUAUACGUCGGAAUAUGAUGAGCCCUUCUCCAGGAAGGGGUCUUGAUAUGUUAGAGGCCGACCACUCAUCGAACAAUAGUCCGACUGAUGAUUCUGACGAUGAGACUACGCGAGGAACGGACGUCGAUGCCUCAUCGCUUCCAGCAGAGUGCUUUUUAAAUUACUUCCACCAUGGAUUUGACGCUUUCAUAUCCUAUCCCACAACAUCAGGGCCAGCAUUCCCAGGUUCACAUGUUACAGAUCUCGCCCCUCCCAUUUCCUCCUCUCAACUCACAGUUACAAAGCUUAUUGUUCACGGGAACGUCCCUGGAUCUUAUCCUUUCAACAGACACCGCCGAAGCCGAUGGCAGAUUAUUCUUGAUUCUACCGGAAAUUCUUUAACCUCGGAAACAAACUACGACGAGAUAUCGAGACGACUGAAGAAAGUCUGGAGAGGCUCUUAUUCGUCAUCGGCAGAAGAGACGGCUCUUCAACGAGGCAUGGUCCUGAAUCGCGGCUGGGGAGAUAGCCCAGAAAGCAGCGUGGAACUUCUCGGCGGCUGGGAAGAAAGCGCAGGGGGAGCGUAUUAUCAUUACAAGGAUACAGGACACCAGGGCGGACAAAGUGGAGCCAAUCCCGUCCCACAUGGUAAUAAUACCCGCAAGCUAAAACUUACCUUGCGCGAUCACUUCCCUCUUUCUUUCUCUCUUGCGCUGGGAAAUAGAAUAACAGCAAAGCGCGCGCCUCUAAACGGGCUAGAUGAGAGUAGCAUGACGCGCUCCUGGGCAUCAACGCUCAAGCUCCCGCGCUCGACAUUCCCCGCGCGAGUUUCGGCCGCGGAUCGAGCAAAAUAUCUGCAGCGAUGUACGGACGAGUUGUACGACUGGCAACGCCGAGUCCGUCCAGCCGACAAAACAACAUUUGUCUUGCAUGAUGGACCUCCGUAUGCGAACGGCAGUCUGCAUGUUGGUCAUGCUCUUAAUAAGAUUACAAAGGAUAUUGUCAAUCGGACACAAUUAAGUCGCGGAAAGCGGGUGCAUUACGUGCCUGGCUGGGACUGUCAUGGGUUGCCGAUUGAAUUGAAGGCGCUACAAUCACAGAAAGAUCUCAACAAUAAGGUCGAUAGGACCCCCGGAUCGGCCGCCGUUAUUCGAAAAGCUGCGCGAGCGCUCGCGGAGAAGACAGUGCAGGAGCAAAUGAAAGGGUUUCGGGAUUGGGGGGUAAUGGGAGACUGGGAAGGGCAUUGGAAAACACUGGACAAGGGGUUCGAGAUGAAACAAUUGGGGAUUUUUAGGGAGAUGGUUGACAAGGGACUUAUAUACCGACGCUUUAAACCGGUAUACUGGUCACCUUCGACGCGCACGGCGCUGGCAGAAGCAGAGCUGGAGUACAAGGAUGACCAUGUCUCGACAGCAGCUAUUAUUCGGUUCCCGUUGGUCAAGCUACCUGAAUCCCUCGCCAAUAAUCCCUCGAUAGAUACUUCUAACUUGAGUGCUGUGAUAUGGACGACGACGCCAUGGACCUUGCCGGCAAACGCAGCAAUUGCAGCCAGUGAAUCGCUGGAUUAUAUGAUUGUUCAGUCACCCACACACGGACAGCUGUUGAUCGCCAACUCGAGAUUGGAGUACCUCCAGGAAAUGUUAAAGGAAGAGCUUACGGUUGUGGUGCCUACGAUUCCGGGUUCUACACUGUGUCAUCAGACCACGUAUCAGCCCUUGUUCCAACGACCAGGUGUCGAGGAGCAACCUCUCAUUGCGGCUGAUUUUGUGAGUGCCGAUUCCGGGUCUGGCCUUGUUCAUUGCGCGCCUGGACACGGUAUGGAUGACUACGAGGUCUGUUUGAAGAAUGGGAUCGAGGUUUUUGCACCUGUGAAUGACGAGGGUCGGUUUACAGACAAGGCCGUGCCCAGUAAUCCGGGUCUGUUGAGCAGUAAGCACGUACUAGAAGACGGAAAUGCCGCCGUCUUGGAGUAUGUCGACUCAGUGAAUCAGCUCUUGAACAGCCAUAAAUACCAACACAAGUAUCCAUACGACUGGCGAUCGAAGCGGCCUGUCAUUGUACGCGCGACUGAGCAGUGGUUCGCAGACGUUGCCGAUAUCCGGGAUGCCGCUGUAGCCUCACUUGAAGAUGUCAAGUUUAUUCCGGCAUCUGGCAAACAGCGACUAGUCAACUUUGUGAAAAAUCGCACCGAGUGGUGUAUCUCGCGCCAGCGAGCGUGGGGUGUUCCUAUUCCGGCUUUGUACGAUAUCGCCACUGGUGAAGCAGUCUUGACAAAGGAAAGCGUGUCUCAUAUUAUGGGUGUGAUCGAAGAACGCGGUGUUGAUGCAUGGUGGACCGAUAGUCUGGACGACUCUGCGUGGAUUCCUGCGUCUCUACAAAACACUGCAUCUAGCUAUCGCCGAGGCACAGAUACGAUGGAUGUCUGGUUCGAUAGCGGUACAAGCUGGACCCAGGUAGAAAACGCUGUGGCUGAAAAUGACCGUCCGGCAGAUGUCUAUCUUGAAGGAACAGACCAACACCGCGGCUGGUUCCAGUCCGGGCUGCUCACGUACGUAGCGCACCAGCUUGCUACAGGAAGCACAGUUAUCAAGGCACCGUUUAAAUACCUAAUCACCCAUGGGUUCACACUUGACCAUCUCUCGCAGAAGAUGAGCAAAUCCAUCGGCAAUGUCCUCGACCCAGAUGCGAUCAUGAACGGGACCCUUUUGCCCCCCAUGAAGCAGAAGAAGGUCAAAGGUGCGAAGAAAGAUGCACAACCACGAGGUCCUGUGUACGACGCUCUUGGACCGGAUGCACUGCGUCUAUGGGCUGCCAGCAGCGACUACACUCGCGAUGUUGUCAUUGGACCGCAAGUGCUCCAGACAGUGCAUACCAGUCUGCAGAAAUUCCGCGUUACUUUCCGACUCUUGUUGGGAGCACUGGAAGAUUUCAACCCGGCCACGAAUCUUUGCUCAUAUGAAUCUCUUCGCAAGAUCGACUGCCAGGCUUUGAUGCAACUAGGCGAACUGGUGAAUGCUUGCCGAAAUGCCAGCGACAAUUUCGAGUUCCACAAAGCCGUCACUGCCCUGAACAAAUGGGUGAACCUAGAUUUCUCGUCAUUCUACAUGGAGACUGUCAAGGACCGACUGUACACGGAAGCGGAGGAUAGUCUCAAUAGACGGGCAGCGCAAACGACGCUCUUUCACAUCUACAACUCCCUACAAGAACUGCUCGGUCCACUCACGCCAUUGUUAGUCGAAGAGUCCUGGGACCAUGCCCCGGAAACGAUCAAACCCCACAUGGAGCACCCGCUGCGACGUAUCGCGAGCGAACCCCCAGCAGAAUGGCUUGACGAUGUUCUGGGCCAGCAUUUUGCUGACUUGAUGGCCGCCAACACAGCGAUCAAGGCAUUGCAAGAAGAGGCCCGUUCCAAGAAGCUGAUGGGCUCGUCUCUGCAAUCCUUUGUACAUAUCGAGCUCCCGGACAGCGAAUCACUGUCCGUAUUUGAGCGCUAUUCCAGCGAGCUCCCGGAUCUCUUCGUUGUGUCUUCUGCCACACUCAAUGUGAAGCCACAGCGGUCGGAAAGCAUCACGGGUGCGGAAUGGAGCUACAGCGCGGAUUUCGAGCUGCCAAGUAACCAGGGCACCGCGACUGUGCAUGUGUAUGCGCCGCAGGACGCCAAAUGCGUGCGAUGCUGGCGAUAUGCUGUGCCAGCGCUUAGGGCUCACGAAGAGGAUGCGCUAUGCGAGCGCUGCCAUGACGUCAUGGGCCAUGAUUCCCACGAUGCAUAA